GGUGGCCAAUGAGGGGGGCGCUCGAGAGCGGAGUGGCGUGGGAGGGUGGGGGGAGUCCGAGGGGGCGGCGGCUGCGGCUGCUGCUGCUCGAACGGCAGCGGCGGCGGCAGCGGCUCCUUCUCCGGCUCCGACUCGGACAUUCCGGCAGUCCUACCGGAGCGGCUGGGCGGAGAUGUGGCGCUGGGUAGGAGGCGCGAGGUGAAGGCGCGGGGUUUCCUAGCCAGGGAGGCGCAGGUGGGAGCCCAGCGCCGCAAAGCAGCGCCUCCAGCCCGCCCGAGCGCCCGUGGCGAGGGGCAAAGGCGCGGGACGCUACUCGCCUUGUCGACCCAGCGGACCGCUCUUGUCCCGCCUCUGGAAAGGGCGGGCGACCUGUCUCCGUCAGCCAGGUGAGCCCGACUUCUCCUCCCUCCCUCCCUCCCUUUCGCCGGGGAAGAAGAGCCUCGGAGCGCGCGGGUUUCUCCUCAGCUGUCUUUCCGCGCAAAGUUUCUGGCGUGGAGUCCCGCGGGGCGACGGCAAUCUAUCUGAGUUUGUGUUCCGCAGAGGCAGGCUGUUCUCUGAAGAACCCAGAGCCUUCGGUUUACCAGUAAUGGAAGCAAUGAUUCAAAGAACACUAUCUCUUCUGUGAUCCAGUUAUUCCACUGUUGGUUUGUUCAUCAUCAGUUGUGAAGAUUUGGAGGCUGUCUUGCCAUUUUGGUGGUUUUUCAACAAGCUAUGCACAUUCCACAUUUAGUUAGCCUUUUUCUCCAUGAUGAUUAAUGGCUGGAAGAUGUACUUCUGCUGUAAAAACCAGCCGUUAUGUCAUGUGAAUUCGCCAGAGUAUUUGUCAGAUCUUCCCUACGAUCCAUGGUUUUGAGGAAAAUGAGACCCUUGCCAAUUUAUUCAAUUGAAGAAAAUGGACCCUUGCUAAUUUCUUCAAUCUACUCCGUCUCACAUUCUGUUGAAUUCUUCUAAAUUGGGGCCAUGUUCACUGAAAUAUCUUUAUGGUAUGCAAUGUGCCAUGAGAUGUUCAUGGAUUGGAUAAAUUACUGCACUUCUCCCCCUUCAAAGAUGUACAGAGGCUUCUUGUGGAUACAGAAGGCCUGACCAACAGAGUACAGGACACAAGGCUUAUUUUCCAAGACUAUGCCAGAACGUCAACAUGGUCCCAUCUAGCAACAGUACAGCGUCCUUCUUAGUUUCAAAUGUGAGCUCCUUCUGGAAUCAAGAUUCCCACGGUGCAGGGCUUCUGAAUGAUGCCUCCUCUUUCACCAGCAGCCAUGGCCUCUCUCAGACAAACGAAAACUUCUCUAUCAUCCCCAAGAACAUGAGUAAUGCAUCCCAAAUUCCUCCUGAUCCUCUGGGUGGGCAUGCAGUCUGGCAAGUUGUUUUAAUUGCUUUCCUCACUGGCAUCAUAGCCCUUGUGACGAUCAUAGGAAACAUUCUGGUGAUUGUGGCAUUCAAAGUCAACAAGCAGCUUAAAACUGUUAACAACUACUUUUUGCUAAGCCUUGCCUGUGCAGAUCUCAUCAUUGGCAUUAUUUCCAUGAACCUUUUCACCACUUAUAUAAUCAUGAAUCGCUGGGCUUUGGGAAACUUGGCCUGUGACUUGUGGCUCUCCAUUGACUAUGUAGCCAGCAAUGCCUCUGUCAUGAAUUUGUUGGUCAUCAGUUUUGACAGAUAUUUUUCCAUUACAAGGCCGCUUACCUAUAGAGCUAAGCGAACAACCAGAAGGGCUGGGGUGAUGAUUGGUUUAGCGUGGGUCAUCUCAUUUAUCCUUUGGGCACCUGCGAUUCUGUUCUGGCAGUAUUUUGUAGGAGAGCGAACUGUCAACGAAGGUGAAUGUUACAUCCAGUUCCUAACGGAACCAACCAUCACUUUUGGCACUGCCAUUGCUGCCUUCUAUUUGCCAGUGACCAUUAUGAGUAUUUUGUAUUGGAGGAUAUAUAAGGAGACAGAGAAGCGUACCAAAGAAUUAGCUGGACUCCAGGCCUCAGGGAGCGAAGCUGAGGUGUCACGCUUUGUCAACCAGACAGGCAGCUCUAGAAGCUGCAGCAGCUAUGAGCUGCAGCAACAGGACACAAAACGCUCUCACAGAAGGAAAUAUGGAGGCUGCCAUUUCUGGAUGAUUUCAAAAAGCUGGAAACCUAGCUCUGAUCAGGUUGAUCAGGAGCAUAGCAGCAGCGACAGCUGGAACAACAAUGAUGGCAAUGCGUCUCUUGAAAACUCUGCCUCUUCUGAUGAAGAUGACAUUGCCUCUGAGACCAGAGCUAUCUAUUCUAUUGUUCUGAAGCUUCCAGGGAACAACACAAUAAUCAACUCUACAAAACUGCCCUCAUCAGAAGACUUGCCUCAGUCAGAAGAUGAACUGCAGAAGCUGAAUGCAGAGUCACAGGAGGGGAAGCCUAAAAGGCUCCAUCCACAAAAGAGUAUGGUGGACGGAAACUUACAGAAAUGCUUUCCCAAGCUUCCAGUUCAACCAGGACCAGCAGCACACACAGGAAAGGCUUCUGAUGGCAAUUCAGUGGGUUCUAGGCCAGCUCUGCCUUUGUCAUUCAAGGAAGCCACCCUGGCCAAGAAGUUUGCCUUGAAGACAAGAAGUCAAAUCACCAAACGGAAACGAAUGUCACUCAUCAAAGAGAAGAAAGCUGCACAGACGCUCAGUGCCAUUUUAUUUGCCUUCAUUAUUACUUGGACCCCAUACAAUAUCAUGGUUCUGGUAAACACAUUUUGCGAACAUUGUAUCCCCAAAACAUUUUGGAACCUGGGGUACUGGCUUUGCUACAUCAAUAGCACAGUAAACCCUAUGUGCUAUGCACUGUGUAAUAAAACAUUCAGAACCACUUUCAAGAUGUUACUACUGUGUCAGUGUGACAAACGUAAACGACGUAAGCAACAGUAUCAGCAGAGACAGUCAGUCAUUUUUCAUAAGCGGAUUCCCCGAGAAGCUUCCUAGAGUUGCAUUUUUACACAAUAGAAACAAAUAUUAAUAGGAUUGCAAAAAUGAAAGGGGGGUUGCUGGAGCUGGCUUCAUCUUCAAUAAGUAAGUGGAGAAGCUGGGUGUAUGCAUUAUCCUUUAAUAUUUCUUGUUUAAUGUAACUCUUUAAACAUUAAGCAAAAAACAAAAUGAUCACAAAGGUUUUUCUAAGGAAUAAUCAGAGCUGUGUAGGUCUUCCUACAAAAGUCCACAAAGCUGCAUAUGAAAGCUAUUAGUGAUCCACAUAUUUCUCUAAUUCUCCUGUUAAAAAUCUGUUCUGGGUUCUCAGGUGAGCACUUAUAGUUAGCCUCUUGCCAACUAUUUCUGGAGGAGUCCAAUGGGCUCUAUUGCUAAUCAGAAAUUUGGCAGGUUAUUUAUUUUAAAGAGAGUGUUCGUGCAUUUUAAACAUUGUAUAGUUGCCCCAAAUGUCUAAGAGGUCCCCAUCCUCUCCUCUUUUGGGUGCAAUGUCAGUUCUUUGGCUCAUAUUUUGAAAGAUCCUGUGCAGGAAGAACACCUUACGCACUCAGAAUGUGUCAUCUGUAUACCAGGAAAAGUUGGUCCUUAGUGUGACUGUAAGAUAUGAGCAACCUAAGGGGCCUCUGAAAUGUCUUUUUCAACUCUAAUUUAUAUUUUGUUAUUUAUUAUGACAUUUUGGCUUUUCAUAAAAAUGGUAAUAUCUAUAACACACACACACACCCACACACAGUACAAGAAUAAUAAAAAGGCACAUAUUAUUAUUUCUUUUUUCCAGUGGAACCGGGUAUCAUGUAUGUUUCAUACAGGGAUGUACCUUGAACAGCUAAUUAUCUCUCAACUGAAGAUGUGAGUCCACAUGCAGAUGACCAUAUCUGUACUUAAGAUAAGAGAUAGCUUCGUGUGAUGAAGACUAUAUUCUCUAAUGGCUGUACUGCAUUGAGAGUGAACGUCACAGACAGAUUUUCAGCCUAGUUCUCAGACUUGGAUUGUUCACUACAAUGGGAUAAUAGUGCCUAGUGUAGUUCUAGGUAUCUCUGUGCUUCUUAAAAGUCGGAGUAGAUUAGAUAUCCCACUCCUUCUUCUGUCUUGGAUAAAUGUUAGGGAACAAGUAUAAGUCCGAUGGUAACACCAGCAAGAAGUCAGAGAUAUGUUUAUCCCAAUGUGUUUGCUAACGGAUGUGGAAGGACAAAGAAUCGGUGGAAUAAGCACAUUGAUUCUCUCCAGUUGGCAGGCACACAGCCAGUCUGCACCAAGAGAUUUUCAGAACCAGCGUGUGUCUCUAUUUUAUGCACAUUUAGAAAGCAUUUUUAAACAUGGAUGGGGGAAAAUUAUGUAUUUUUUUAAAGAAAUGACCUGGCACUUUCCAAAAUGCUUGUCAAUUUUGAAAGCUUCUGUGUUGUUAAUGAUUUUGUUGUUAUUGCUGUUGUUGCUUUUACAGCUGGUAGUGGAAACCUCUAAAUUUGUGCAGUACAAUGUCCCCAAUUUAUGUAAGUUGUUUGCUAUUUUAAAUAGCGAAGCACCUUCUCAGAAUGACAAAAAAGGGCUUUAAUAUUUAUAGUUGAUAUGUGAGCAGUGAUUCCUGGUACCCGAGUCAGUACCUGAGAUCUUGGAAACAACCCACCAUGCUAUUAUGCAACUCCCGUUCUAUGUGGUGUUUGCAGCGGAGAUGCUCAAAGUGGAUUGUGCUUAUACUGUACUUUCUAAAAGUCAGGACUUCCCUUAGGACAGGACUGUACUUUUAAAGCAUUGUCUCAGAUUAGAUUUAUUUACAUUUUUAAAAGUACUUUUGUAUGUUAUGCUUUUGACAGACCAAGGUUUCAAGGGGUCAUUUCCCUGUCUCUUUUUCUUUUUGACCUGACACUCAGAUCUGACAAAAUAAAUAAAUGAAUAAGCAACUUCCUUUAUCAAAGAAGGGAAGAAAUCAGUGUUGUGAACACAUAACUGGUAUAAAAGCUGCUUUUGUAUUCAGUGUGAGAUGGUGUUUACAGACGAUUUUGACAACAGUGGAAGUAUAUUAAAUAGUGUAUGUAUCUGAGCUAUUUCAUUUUUGUAUUAAUAUGGAGAUCUAUUUAUACAUACAUGCCAUCAAAAUGUUUAAUUUAAAUGUUAAGUACUGCUUUUUGGUCUUCAACUGUAAUGUCCUCUAAAAGCAAACUAUAAAAGGUAUGCUUGGGAAAUGAACAGAGUUUUCAGGUCUGCACGUUGCCAAUUGUGGUAGUUUGCUCUUGUGUGCAAAUAGAAGAUUCCAGGUGGGCAACUUUGAAACUGUCCAGAAUAGGAAAUGGUAGCCCUCAAUCCUUGAAGAAGAGGGCCAUGUUCAAGAUCUAGAAAUCACAGGAAGGGGGUAGAUGCCUCUUUCAUGUACAACAGAAAGCAACUAGUCAAACCUCCAUAUUUUCUGGGAUUAGGAGCACAAGACUCUUGUGAAAGCAAAAUACUGCAAAAGAAUUUUUUUUUGUUUAUCCUGACAGAACAUCUCUCUAGGAAUUUCUAGGUCUUCCAGCAUCACUCUAAGGCGGACUUGCACUGGAAGCUGACCAUAGGAUAGCAUUGGAGGACCUGUGGAUUCCUAGAAAGAACAUUUUAAUAAAAAUCUGUGAAUAAUCUGCAAAUGUGGAGGGAUGUCUAUAAUGUGAAAUGGGUUAAAGUUGUUGCCUUUUUUCUGGCUGAGCUCUUGUGUCCCUAAGGGUCACACAACAUACAUACAUUGAAAUCAUAUUGUUCGCUACCAUGGAAGAGCAACUGUAUUGUGCAGAAUCCAGUGGUGUUGAUUGGGACUUUUGGGAUUUUUUGGCCUGUCAUACUUUGUGAGUGCAGAAGACAUUACAGAGUUAAAGAUAAGAACUUGAAAAAAAGCUGAACCAGUUCAAAUUAUUUUUGCUAACUAAGGCAGAGAACACAAUGGCAUCAUCAGUCUCAUUCAGCAGAAAAACACUGACCAAGGUAAAAGUUGACUCUUCCUUCAGUACUAGCACCAGGGCAUAAUCUUCCACCAUACCUAAAGCCAGCAGAUUUGUAGGGGGUACAUGGUAAGCUUGAUGGUAAUUACUUUCUGUUCUCCAGGCCCUAUUGCUGAGUCUUGUUCUCCUGCAAUUGCUAUUUAAGGCUGACUCAUUAUUCCCGGUCGUAAGAUUGAAUCCAGAAGAAAAAAGGAAACAGAAUUUACUCCUUCCGCCAGGAGCCAAGUUCUUUAAUCUUCUGGCAUCAAAGGAUACAGUAGCAUCUUGCUACAGAAAUCAGGCCACAGUGCCUUAGACACUGUUCUGUAGAAAUGUGGAGCACAAAUUCAAAUCACAUAUGAGUUAAUAAACUAUAAAAUGGGAAUUAUCCAAUGAAUUAUCCAAUUCACCCCAAACUGAUCAUCAGACCAAUUUUUCUUUUGUUAACUCAUCUUUGCCCAUAAGCUACAAAAGGUUUUUAGGAAACCAAUACAUCCAAGGUACAUCUGAAGCAUCAAUUUAUACUUUGAAUACAAUUGUGUGAAACAGGACCAGGAAGUUACUCUUUUUUUCUUUUAAAAAAGUAGUUUCGGGACAGAGAUAUUAAGAGUACAGAAAGAAUGGGCGAGGGAGGCAAAGUAUAUUUAAACUGAAGAUGUAAAGAAUAGUCAUAGAUUUUUCUCCUCUUUGAUGGCAGAGUUUCAUUUGAUGGCAGCCACUACAGGAGUUUUCACUCUCUAAUAAGAAGGAAAAGAUGAAAGUUAGGGAGGAAUGUUUUCAGUACUGCUGCUGUUUUUGGUCAGGUUCUGUGCCAAAGGUAAUGUUUUUUUUCUGCAAAAAAAACCCACAUGUGCACCAAAAAUGUAUAUUUUAUCCCAAAAAUUGGUUGUACAGGACAUUUAUGAUCAAUUACAUAAAAAUAAUCUUUGUUCAAAUAUUUCCUUCCUUCCUCACCCAAAGACUUAAACUGCAAAAAUUAGAUAAAAUAAAAUAAUGUGGUCCCAAAAUUUCUUCACCUUGUCUAGUGGAUAAAAAUAUGCACUACUUUUAAUUUGCAAAGAUGAAAUACAGAAAAAAUAAAUCCCUGCCUUAAACCAUAUCUACGGCAUCAGUGUUGCCAUUCAUUCCUUGAACACUCCUUGUACAAUAGGUUUUCCUAUCUUGCGUUUCCUGUCCAGUCACCAAAAAGAAAGGCAUGGAUUUUGAUCCUUAUAAGGUUGUGGUACAACUUAAAGCAGUUAUAAUCAAAUACGCCAGAAGUAAAUAUCCUAUGGGCAUUUAGCACCAGUAGUUUAUUUUAGCAAGUGGCAGAAUGCCCCCGAGUGAGGUGAUAGGCUUCUCCACUUUGCCUCUCGGUCCUAUCUGCACACAAUGCCAGCAAAGACUGGAACUGAUGACCAAGCUUGUUAGGGAUCCACAUGGAAAAAAUAUAUAUAUUGCAAACUGAAAGGCAUUUCAUUGCUCAAGGUCACCUUGCAAUUAAUGAUUGAUCAUAUAUAUAUAUAUAUUUCCAUAUUGUUUGCUACUUGCAGUAAGUCCAAUUUCCUGUAAUAAAUUUGAGGAAGCCAGAGUACAGCAAGGAGACUAUCUUGCAUAUUGUGGAUCAACAAUGAUGGAAGAAGUUUUUUCAAUCAAAAUUUAGCAAUUUUCCUUGAAAAGUGAACUUGUCACUACAUUCACAUGUGAGGAUCGUUUCUGGAGAAAUAAAAUAAAGAAACCUGAUGUUUUGACAUGUGAUGGUAUUUGCAAAUGUCAUUUAUAAUUAUCCUGUAACUAUAAAAUGUUCAAAGACUUGUUAAUGGAAAAGUGCAAUUCUAAAAAAAGAUUGUGAUUGAUUUUAUUUUUCUUAUUUUGUGUUUGUGUGUGCACGAACAUGCAUGUGCAUGCAGGAAGUUGACUGAACCAUCUAUAGAGGGUACAGAUAGGUUUAGAUUCAUUACAACUUUUCUCAAAGGAAGACCCAGUGCCCACAACCCGCAUUAGGCAUCUAGUUCCAAGAGUGCCUUAGCAACAAGAUCUUCAGAAAAAAAAAUCUCCUGUGGCUUUAAGUAACUUAUGAGCUACAUCCUGAUAUUAAUACAAAUUAGCAAGAAAAGGUGUAUCUGCAAUGGCUAGGUUAGGCCUUUCUUUCAUUCUGUUAACUGAUAGUAGAAGUGAUUGUACUGUUUGGUGAUGUGCCAACACUUAAUAAAUAAAUACCUUGCAAUGAGAUGCCUGGAUGGUGUCUCACUGCAAGCACAGUUAAAGCAAACCUAGGACGGGUGAUGCUGCCAUUGUGGAUCAGAGCAGGAAAUAAAUAAAUACACAUAUAUGCACGCACACACACAUACACUAAAGAAUUAUUUAUCCGAUGCUCUCCUUGCACAUUAGCUUGUCUCUUAUUUUGAAUCCUGAUGUCUUACAUAAUGACUGGAAUCCUGUUAGUAACAUACAUACAUGUAGCUUAUUAUAAGAGACAAAUGUGUCUUGUUUCUGAGCCAGAGUGAUGUAGUGGUUUGAGCAUUAGACUGAGACUCUCGAGACCUAGGGGUUUGAACCUCAUUCAGUGCAUGCAAAUCCACUGGGUGACCCUCAGCAAGCCACAUGUCUCAGAAGACGGCAAAGGCAAAUCUCUUUUCUGAACAAAUCUUUCCAUGAAGACCUGGUGGUAUGCUCACUGUCAGGUUGCCAUGAGUUAGAACUGACUUGAAUACACACAACAACCAGACACCUUGUUGGGAUAUAGAGAAAGGGCCUAUUUACCAGCUCCUCAUACAUUGUCCAAUUUUGUUUUUUUAACAAAACAGCUCUCAAGCCCUAGGAGACACUCUGUGGCAGCCUUUUACUGCCUGGGAGUGGGGACAACCAAGCAACAUGGAAAAAGAAAGGAGACCAGUUUCCCAGAACAAUGUAGUGCAUCUUGGUUAACUGCCCCCAACCACUAAUUGGCCAGAUUAUAACCCUUUAAGACUUGAUAGCUGCCUUGGGGGAAGUUAGCUGCACAGAGCUGAACAUGCCAAGCAUUAUUGACCCAUGUGUUCCAGUACAGAAGCACACAUGGUUCUGUUAGAAGGAUGUCUAUCAAAUGUUUAACAAAAAACAUCUUGCAAAGAAGUACAAUCCCCAUAUUUUCCCUAAUACAAAUGUUGGUGGUGAUUUGCCUACUUUAAUUCUCGUUAUUCAACUCUCUACUCAAGUUAGUUCCACAUGACCUUCCUUCAUCCCUCUCUUGCUUCAAUAAAUUCGAUGCAAAUCACACAUAACUUCUUGGCAAGUAAAAUUACCAAGCGACACCUCAGUUUUUUCAAUUGUCAGGCACUAGAAUGCUUCUUCUAAAUUACUCUUUGUGUGCCAACACCUAACAACUAAUCAUCACAGGGGAAAGGCAGAUCCAUAGAGAAAAGUACUUUGUUAACAAGCUCUUAUUAUUCAUAAAUCUUAGUUCUCUGUAAUUAAAACUUAGAUAAAUUAUUAAGAAAAGGUUUUUGAACUGAUUGUUGAAUUGAUGUUAACAUCAUAAAGCUAAAAUUCUAGCUUUUAAAUACCAAUCAUUGUGUAGAUGUUACUACAAAUUAUGGCCCUCUAAACAAGGAAUCACUUGUAUCCCUUCCUUCCUAUCUCCCUUCACAAAUAAGUUCAAUAAUUUGCUCUUAUUUUGUUUGAUUUUAAACCCCCUUCCCACAAAAUUCUUUAUUUUAUUUUUAUUUUAUUUUGCAUUUUAUCAGCACAAGCUCUGUUGUAAAGUUACAAGACGAUUUAGCCCUGUGUCAUCUUGGAAUCAAGUACAUUAAUAGAAGCAUUAAUAGAAGCUGUGAAUUUCAUGUUUUUUCUUGAGUUGCUGCUCAUGAUUCACAAGACAAAACCUUUGAAAAGCAUAUUUUUAUUACUUUUUAUUCACCCUAUUUAUAUCCUGCUUUUCUCUACCCCAAAGGGGACUCAAGGCGGCUUACACGUGGCAACCAUUCAAUGCCAUUAAUACAUAAAAAUUAAGCUUAGAAUAGAUUGAGUUAAAAACUAAUACAUAUUAAUAUCUAAAAACAUUAUAUUCAAGAUAAAAUCACACCAUCCAAAAAUCAUAGUCUGAGGCCAUUCCAUAGUCAUUGCACAUAUGCUGCAUCCAUUAUUGCAGGGGUCCCCAAACUAAGGUCCGGGGGCCGGAUGCGGCCCUCCAAGGUCAUUUACCUGGCCCCUGCGCCCUCAGUUUUAUAAUAUAAUAUUUUUAUAUCAGUUUUAAUAAUAUAAUAUAUUGUAUAUACAUAUAAUAUUGAUAAUAAUAUUAUGUUAUACAAUAUAAUACUAAUAAUACCAUAUAAUAAUAUUAAUUAUAUGUUAUAUAUUACAUAUAAUAUGACAGUAUAGUGGUAUAGUUCAAUAUGAUGAUAUAUAAUGCUAAUAUAGUGCUAUGCUAAUAAUAUAAUAUAUUGUAUGUACAUACAGCUGCUCCGAGUCCCCUUCGGGGUGAGAAGGGCGGGAUAUAAAUGUAGUAAAUAAAUGUAGUAAAUGAAUAAAUAAAUAAUUUUUGACCUAGGCUUGCCCAAAGUCUGAUAUGACUUGAAGCACAUAACAACAACAAUCCUAAUUAACUUGACUAUCUCAUUGGCUAGAAGCAGGCCCACACUUCCCAUUGAAAUCCUGAUAGGCUUAUGUUGGUUAAAAUUGUUUUCAUUUUUAAAUAUUGUAUUGUUCUUUUAUUGUUGUUGUUAUUGUUGUUGUUGUUUUGCAUUACAAAUAAGACAUUUGCAGUGUGCAUAGGAAUUUGUUGGAUUUUUUUUCAAAUGAUAAUUCGGCCCCUCAACAGUCUGAAGGAUUGUGGACCGGCCCUCUGCUUUAAAAGUUUGAGGACCCCUGCAUUAUUGCACUAUGCAAUUCUCCGAAAGCCUGAUCCCAGAGCCAGGUUUUUACCUUCCUUCUGAAGGUAAAACUGUAUUAGGUAAUCUGCAUUAAGCAUCACAUGAUUUAUGGUGUCUCAAAGAAAAAGAUCAUGUGAGGUGUGCAACCUCCACCACACUCCGGGGCAGGGUAUUCCACUGCCAAAUAGGUCUCAUAGUUAGGAAGUUCUUCCUAAUGUUCAGGUGGAAUCUCCUUUCCUGUAGUGAAGUCAUUGUUCCACGUCCUAGUCUCUAGGGCAGCAGAAAAUAAGCUUGCUCCCUCCUCCCUAUGACUUUCCCUCACAUAUUUAUAUAUGGUCAUCAUGUCUCCUCUCAACCUUCUCUUCUGUAGGCUAAACAUGCACAACUCUUUAAGCCACUCCUCAUAGGGCUUGUUCUCCAGACCUUUGAUCAUUUUAGUCGCCCUCCUCUGGACACAUUCCAGCUUGUCAACAUCUCCCUUAAAUUGUGAUGCCCACAAUUGGACACAGUGUGAUUCCAGGUGUGGUCUAACCAAGGCAGAAUAGAGGGGUAGCAUGACUUCCCUGGAUUUAGACACUAUACUUUAUGCAGGCCAAAAUCCCAUUGGCUUUUUUUGCCGCCACGUCACAUUGUUGGCUCAUGUUUAACUUGUUGUCCACGAGGACUCCCAAGAUCUUUUUCAGAUGUACUGCUGUUGAGCCAGGCGUUCCCCAUUCUGUAACUUUGCAUUUUUUUUCUGCCUAAGUGGAGUAUCUUGCAUUUUGUGAGUUUUGGCCAAUCUCUCUAAUCUGGGGUGCUUUGAAUGUUAUUUUCCUGCUUCUUGGCAGGGGAUUGGACUGGAUGACCUGUGAGGUCUCUUCCAACUCUAUGAUUCUAUGAUCUGCUCCUGCGAAAAUUAUAUGAAAAUGAAUAAAUAUGAAAUCAUAUAAAAUUAGUAAUAACAAAAUGUAUCCUUAUCAAUAGAUCCACCAACUGUAGUUUUACUUAAUUUAUUUCUAUAUGAGUAACAACAGCCCUGGUGGCGAAGUGUGUUAAAGCACUGAGCUGCUGAACUUGCAGACUGAAAGGUCCCAGGUUCAAACCCCGGGAGCGGCAUGAGCGACUGCUGUUAGCUCCAGCUUCUGCCAACCUAGCAGUUCGAAAACAUGCUAAUGUGAGUAGAUCAAUAGGUACCACUCCGGCAGGAAGGUAACGGCGCUCCAUGCAGUCAUGCCGGCCACAUUACCUUGGAGGUGUCUACGGCUUAGAAAUAAUAAUAAUAACUUUAUUUUUAUACCCCACCCCAUCUCCCCGAAGGGACUCGGGGCGGCUUACAUGGGGCCUUGCCCGAUACAACAGUAUAAUAACAAUAACAGAACAAUAACACAAUUAUCCCAACAAUAAAAACAUCAGCAUCAAUUAAAUAGUCAUUAAAAUCAACAUACAGCAUAAAAUGUUAAAAACAGGAGACUGGAGAUGAGCACCAACCCCCAGAGUCAGACAUGACUGGACUUAACGUUGGGGGAAACCUUUACCUUUACCUUAACAACAGAUACAAAUUUCAAUAUGUUAAAGAUGCAGGUGCUGAAGGCAAGGUAAGAAGGUAAGGUAAGAAGAUAAUCCUCUCCCAAGGCUGCUUUAAACAUCUUUGCACGUUCCCACCUUCCUGUAAAAUUCUGUAGAGUUGGUUGAUUGGUGAAUGAGGUCUUAAACUGAGGAGUUCCAAAAUAUAUUGUCUCCACUGUUGUCUCUGCUUCAGAAGACAAAAUACCAACAUCCUGCAUCACACAUGGAGAAAGAGAGCAGACUGGCCCCUGUAGUCCAGUGUAGCUUUCUCCUGCUUUGCUAGGCUUAGUGUGCCUAAUCCAGCUGGGUAAUAAAUGUCAGAAGCCCUCCUGUGGAUAUCUGGGCUUAUCAACAUCUUAGCUGCUGAAUGUGUCCCAAGAAAAUACAAGAAAAGUUAUGGAGUAUCUGUAUUGCAGAGCUAUGUGGGAGCACUCAUAGGCACAACAUCAUCAUCCUGGUACAACAUUUCAGAAGAGGUAUUUAUGGAAGUUGAUCCCCACCCACAAAGUUUGGGAGGAAAGUGUAACAUGCAGACAGCAAAAUCUGAAUGUAGAGAAACUAGUCCCAUGGUGAUCAUUCUUUCAGACUCUUAUUUUCAAGCUGACACUGUGUGCAGUGAAUUGUUUAAGCCUCAAUGCUUUUUCUCAUUCUUUUUAAUGCUCUCUAGAAACAGUAAUACAAAGCAACCAACAUAUUCAACUUGGCAAUGUAUUAAAGGUCUUGUUUAUGGAGCUCUUGAUUGGUUCAAAUGUAAUUUCGUUUGGACUCCCAUUCAUGCUGAAACUCCAGCCCUAACCAACGAUUAUUACACAAACCCAGUGUGCUGUCUGUAUCUUCUUCAUAGCCAGUUGCAGCCAAAUCUGCUUCCCUCUUGACUGUAGCUAUAUAUUCAUAUACACUUCCAUCCAUGCUCUGCUUAGUUAGGUGCACCUAAAACUUGCUAUGAUCACAGACAGAUAAUGUGCUUGUUGGCAGGGGUAUCAAUAGAACAAUUGGCAGUCAAGUAACAGGGAAAACAUGUUAAAAAAGAAAAGGGCACACACGGGGAGGCCAAAAGCAGUCUCUUUCUUGUAAAUGGCUAUUUUUAGCAUUAUGAUGAGGAUUUUUUCAGUUUGCUUAAAAAUCAUAGUCUUACAAAUAUUUAAGAUAUCAACAGUACUUCUGGCUCAUAGAAGCACUACUGCAACUAUACUCUAGUUCCUAGUAACAAUUAUUUUCCAAUAUGCAUUUUACAUUAAUAACAAAACCAUUUUGAGGAUAUUUUACUAACAAUGUACAGGUGAUGGGCUAAUUUAUGCAAGUCUUUCUGCCAUUCCACGUCAAACUUCCAACCAACAUAUGUGGAAAUGCUGGUAAGAUCUUUUGAAUUCGACUGUGUUUGUACAAUGUGAAUAAAUGUCAUUUUGAAAACUUAACAAGUCUCAUGAAAAGUUAACCCUUGUAUCCUGUUCUGUGCCCUCAGGGAUCCCCAUGUGGUACUCAAAUAAAGUAUAACAGACUAAAACUUCUCUGGAUGUAUCAGACUAAAUACCUGGAUGUAUCAGAUUAAAUCAUGACAAAAUUGUAAAUUAUGUGAUUGAAAUUGUAUGUAUAAUUUUCAGGUCUUCAAAAUAGUUGAAGUUUUAACUUAUUUGAGUUUUUAAGUUGCAAUCUCCUCAUAUUUUGAAAUUUUGUACACCUUGUAAAGUAAAAUAUUGUGUCACUUGUAAAUUAUUUUUGUUGCAAUGUACUGACUGACACAUGCUCAUUUCUAUAUGAAGUGUAUUGUUUAUUAAUUGCUUCUAAGGCAGCAAUAAACAUGAAAUUGUU